GAAGAAGAAAUGCAAGAUGGCGGCUGGAGUUCGACCUUGUUCAGGUCAUUCGCAUACUCAUCCACACAAUCAUACCAUGCCGAGAAGAAAAGUCAUAGUAUCUUUCACCAUGAGGGACGAACAAGAACCUCUCCACCGAUCAGGAGUGAAUGCACUUCAGUUAGACAAAAAAACAGGGCGUUUGUAUUCGGCGGGUCGUGAUUCUAUAAUUCGAUGUUGGAACACAAAUGCAGAGCAAAAGGUAUUAUGAAAUUUCUCUUACUUUUAUGUCAACAACAAGAAAUAAUUAUCAUUAUUAUAAUUAAAUUUGCAAAGGAGGCCAUUCUUUUCUAAAUAUUUUUCGCUGAAUUGAAGUUGUGUUUAAAUAUUCAAUUCUAUUGUAAGCUUACAAACUAUACGUCUUUCCAUUAAAGAAAGCAUUAUUUUAGUCGAUAUGUCUACAGCACACAGUACUCUUUCAGUUUAAUGUUCUGAUUUAAGCCUUUAAGACCUUUAAUGGGGUCGUUUAGGCUUGUUACUACAGACUAUUCCAAGAAUUUAGCUUCUAGCUUCUGCGCUAUAUUAUCGUUUCCAUCAGUCGUAAACUUACGUACAGUUAAGAUUACAAGACUUUUUGCGUGAUAAAAUGUUUCUUUUCUCCCUGUAGAACUGUUAUAUGGCAUCUUUGGAGCACCACACGGACUGGGUGAAUGAUAUAGUUCUUUGCUGCAGCGGUAGAAUAAGUAAGAAAAUUAAAUAGUAGUUGUAUUUGAUUGCUUUUAGAAACUGUCUAAACCAUUCGAUCACAUUAAUUUUGGUGCCUGAUAGUCUUUAUUAACAACAUGUAAUACUAAAACAAUGACAUACUUGAUUAAAACCUAUUGUAAACUGCCGUAUUUAUUCGAUUAACCGCCCUGGGCGCUUAUUAAAUUUUUGGACCUUGAGAGUGGGCGCUUAUUCAAGGUGGGCACUUAUUCGAGGCUGGGCACUUAUUAAAUUUUCACCAUUUUCAACAAAGUGAAGUAUGUUUAUUUUGCAACAAAACAACAAAUGCUAAUAUGUAAACUAUGUAAACUAUAUGGAAAAGAAUCUUAAUAUAAUGAAUCGAAACCUUGAUAUCGCAAACAAAUUUUUCCAGUCCCUUGGCCGUUAUUAAUCACAAUGAGGUUCCACUGUACAUGAAAAAAAGUUCAAGAACAUAAUGCUGCCAACACACUAUCCUGCUCAUGCAAAAUCAAUUUCCAGAUUGACCUUCAUGAUCUAUAUUUGUACAAAUUUGUACCCUCAGUAUUGUCAGCAUCAUCUGAUACAACAGUCAAAGUCUGGGACUCAGCGCGUAGCUUCUGCAUGUCGACACUCCGCACCCAUAAGGACUAUGUAAAGUCACUGGCUUAUGCCAGCAGCAGGGAAAUGGUAGCUUCUGGUGGAUUGGACAGACAAAUUUUCAUUUGGGAUGUCAACACUUUAACAGCUCUUACAGCCACAAAUAACACAGUCACAAGUAAGUUACAUUUUCUUAUUUAAUUUUUUCCCAAAAUGAUAAAAUAAUUUGAUUUGUUUUGCUUUUUGCCCCCGCAGGGAUUUUGCCCAGAAGGCAAAAUCCCGAGGAGGCACUCUACGACUAGUAACUUGCAUGUAUAUUAAGGAAAGUACUUACAGUUGAAAUAUACAGUCAUACAGUCAAUAUAGAAAAAAUCUUGAUUUGCUUGAACAGGGGCCGCGAGGAAUCGGUAGGUAAUGAUGACGUUUCUAUUGUUUGCGUCGGUAAGUACGAAAUGGUUAGGAUGACGUAAAGACAGAAAAUCCCCAAGGGACUGCUUAGGUAUAUAUGUAGAUUUUGUGACAUUUAUUGUGCAGUCAUACUUCGACACUCUUUUGCGUUACCUGUUAUCAGUCACAUUCUGUGGAGCAGUUGUUUCAGUGAAAGUUAUGGACCAAAAUUUUAAUGACACUCGUUAAGCGCAGAAGAAGUUAUAAGGUGCGUAUAACUGUGUAUAUAUAAACACUUAAAGAGUUUGGUAGACAUGAGUUCACAAAUCUUUCAUUGGAAACCUUUAAUACCAGACACUCUUUCUCUCUCUUUGACCGGAAUAAGACUCAGCCCCAAACAAGCAAGACGAGUGAACAACGGCUAGCUUUUCACUAGCAGAACGAUGGACGAUUACAGAGAUUCGCCGACAAUUAAAUUUUGUGCUGACUUAUUCCCUGCUCACAGAUGUUCUUCUGCUAUAAAGUUUAAAAUAAGACUAGAAUAUGUGAGUAUGAAUUGAUCAAACGUCCUUUUUUAAAUUUCUAAGGCUUCCUUUCCGGCAAAAAAAAUGAACUGCGUGUAAAAAGUGAAAGAGAAAUGGCAAAAAAUUCAACUUCUAUUUAAAUCUUUUCUUAGUUUCUAGAAUAAACUAUUCUCGAAACUGAAAAUUUUUUUAUCAAAGCUGUGUUAAGUCGACCUGAAACUGUGCAUGGAACCUUGCAUUUUCCUGUAUUUAUCUCACCUAUUGUAUGGAAUAUGUGUGAAAAUCUUCCUUAUGAAUCGGUAUAUUUCAAAGAGCUACACAACGAGCAAGAAUGCUAUUGACCGACAAUAUACAGAGCGGGGGCAGCUGUAGUGUCAACUAUUACUAGUAUUAGAAUUGAAGUAGUAUGAGAUUGAAUAAGAGACUCGUACACUGAGACACUCCUGAAUAUAGAGGGGGUGACUGAAGUGAUUUAAUUACAGUGAACCCCAGAUCGAUCAUAUUAUUCAAAAGUACAUGCCUAUUGGUGUACACCUUGAUAUUAGUCUCAGAGGAAUGACCUCAUAUUGUCUCUGAAUCUAACCUGCUUCUGUGCUAUAUGAAUACCUGUUUAUGUGGGCAGUUGACACUUUUUUUAGUCCAGUUACUGAGUUUUGAUAGAAAAUUUGGUUUUGCUAUGUGCCCACGACAUACGAAAAUGUUUGUUUUAUUACGUUUCACUUCUUUAGAGGCAAAUAAAUGUUUUGCAUGCCAGCAUAUGGAUGUUCACAGCUCAAAUCAGGCAAAAUACCCCAAAGUCUUUCAGACAUCAAUAAGUGCAGAAUAUUAAUUUUCAUAAUUGACAACAAAUACCCGUACACGUUAUAAUCUGCCAAAUGUAUAGCUUAAAUAAAUAAUAUAUGUGUGUGUUAAGGCAACUUUGGCAUGUUCUCAUAGACUUUUGCCAUGAAGCAAGGACUAUUUUACUUUGAUUUACAAGAAGAGUCACAUGUACAUGUAAUUUGUUGAUGCUGAUCUAUCUGUAUUCUUAAACUAAUAAAUAUUUUCAGAACCGACUGUCUUCUCCUUAGUCUUAGAUGUAUUUUAAUACAUUUUAAUACUAUUAUUAAUAUUUUAAUACAUUUUAAACUAGUUAAAACUAGUCAGUGGUCAUAUAAACAGGGCAGUCAUAAUUACGAGGAUGUAGAAACGUAAGGGAAUCACUGACUUUUGUUUUGACCUGAUAUGAACAUAAUACAGGUACAUACAUGUACAGGGUAGUAGUGGUACAAAUGUAUGUAUUCUCUAUCACUGAAGCUUAUGCACCAAUGUCAUGUGGAAAAUACCAUAAACAGUCUAAUUUGUUCUUGAGUGAAAAAAGUCUAUUUAUUGUUCUUUAUAGAUGUUAUACAAUCUAGUUACAUGCAAUAUAAGAAUUGGUAUCAUUUUUACCAAUAUUAAUCAGUGAAUGGUUUAUUGUUACCGCAGCUUCCUCAUUAAAUGGGCAAAAAGACUCAAUCUACAGUUUGGGAUUGAACAGCAUGGGUACUGUGCUUAUUUCCGGAUCAACUGAAAAGGUACAAAAUCCCUUGCUUAAAAUGUCUAUAUGCAUUUGAGAAUUUUAAAAUUUUAUGUGGAAGAAACAAAACGCUGGUUUUUUACUAAUAUCUUCUAACCACUAUUUGACAUCUUCUCUGAGCUAUAAUUGCCCACUCGCAGGCACAAGGCAAAAUGGAAUCUAUUUGUUUUAUCCAAUGACAGAAAACUUUCAAGAGACACUGCAUUCUUGUCACACUUGCCCAUUUUUGAAUGGUCAGUUUCAUUUUUUUCUCUAUAGCAUACACUGUAAGUUGCUCUUAGAGUAAAUUGCCAUGUUUAUUCUGUAGAGAAAAUAAUUGAUGAAGAAUACUAAUUCCUCAGAAUAAUGAUGCUAUUGCUGCAAUCAAAGUACUUGCAUUGCUUACAGUACAUGUAUCAUUGUGUUCUACAGAUUUUGAGGAUGUGGGAUCCUAGGACAUGUUCAAAAGUGAUGAAAUUAAAAGGCCACACAGACAACGUUAAAUCUAUCAUAAUCAAUGCUGAGGGUACCCAGGUAAUUUAGCAAAGUGACUCAGAGUAAGAGUGGAGGGUACCUUGCCAGCUGGCUUAGUAUGCAUGGCCAUCAGGCAGAGCUGCAAGUAAUGGUCAUCAAACCAAAAAAAUGUACCAUGAGCACACGUGAAUUGUUGUACCAAUGAAAUGAUAUUGUUCAAAAUAUUGCAGUGAAUAUAGAGUGUUUUCACUCACGUGGCCAGCAUCUAUGCAAAUUUAUUGGAACAAAAGAAAGCGUUUGCAUAAGAAAAGAGGUCAACUCCCAGAGGACUGGUUUGGGACACCAACAUGGCCGCCGUUUCAUUGUUUUGGGACACCAAUAUGGCCGUCGUGACGUCAUGUGAAAACACUCUAUAUGGCAGUAAUCAGUCUACCUGUGAACCUGCCUCUACUGAUAUGACUAUGCAUAGGUGUCAUGAUUUAUUGUGGCUCCGUAAUUAAUACUAGAGCAUUUUACUGUGGCAAAUUUUCCGUCAUAACUUUUUGGUUUUUAACGCGAUGGCUGCGAAACUUUGCAAAGAACAACAGAUAUCAUUUGACAAUAAUAAGAAAUAUUCCGAUUUCAUUGAUGGUAAAUAUUUCUUGAGAAAUUAGCGCUUAAAAGGACCCUACUGUUCAAAGAAAAUCGCGUCUAGUAAAAAAUUUUGCUGAUAAUUUUUACUGAAAUUUCUGGUAUCAGCUUUAAUUAAUAUAAUAAAUAUGCCAGAGGAAUUUCAGAAAAAUCGUUGGAGCAGAAGUCCGUAACUAACACUCGCUCAAAAUUCAGCUGUGAAAUUGUUUAGGAAUUUCAAAACUAAAUUACUAUCAGGAAGAAGGAGCCACCAGUUUGAAUUUUCGGGACAAGUAUUUUCAACAUUUGCUAAUUCUUAAAACAAAUGCUGAUUGCCUAUCGCGCUAUUCUUUAAAAGGUACUUUUUAGUUUUAGAAGCACUAUAAAUUGCUCCAAACCUUGCUCUGAAGUAGAAUGACUUGUUCUUCGACAGUUUUAAAAUAUCCCUUGGCAGUUUUGGCUCAAACUCCUGCUGCAUACAUUUUAAUGCAUUGCAAUGCAUUUUCAACGACUUUUACUGCUGUUCGUUGCUUCCAACUCAGGAAAAAAGUAUUGAGAUUGGACGCUACCUCGUAUCAGAGCUCAGAUAGAACUGUCCAGCACCUUCGUUUAUGACUACAAAAUGAGCACGAGCGGCAGUUCUGUGAGGAAUUCGCACCUCACCCAGGGGGGACGAACGACAAUGAUGCCCAUGCCUGUGAAGUGAAUAACAUCACAGUGCAAAAUAAAAUUAUCGCAAAAAUACUGCCCGUGAAUAAAUUUAUAAUUCUGAAAUUUUUGUCACUCCUUCCUUCAAUGAAUGGGUAUUUUUUUCUUCAUUAUUAUGUUUUGCUCAGCAAUACAUGUUUAUACAGAUCGGUUCACAGACAUGGGCAUCAUUGUCAUUCGUCCCCCCUGGCUGAGGUGCGAAUUCGUCGCAGAGCUGCCACUCGUGCUCAUUUUCUGGUCAUAAACAAAGGUGCUGGACAGUUCUCUCUGAGCUUCGAUACAAGGUAGCAUACAAUCCCAAUACCUUUUUCCUCAAUUGGAAACAACGUAAAGCAGGAAAAGCCAUUGAGGAUGCAUUGCAAUACAUCAAAAUGUAUGUAGCAGGAGUUUGAACCAAAACUGCCAAGGGAUAUUUUAAAAAUGUCGAGGAACAAGUCAUUCGACGUCAGAGCAAAGUUUGGAGCAAUUUAUAGUGCUUUUAAAACUGAAAAGUACCUUUUAAAGAAAAGCACGAUAGGCAAUCGGCUUCCGUUUUCAAAAUUAGCAAACGUUGAAUUUACUUGUUCCGAAAAUUGAAACUGGUGUCUCCUUCUUCCUGAUAGUAAUUUAUUUUUGAAAUUCCAAAACAAUUUCACAGCUGAAUUUUGAGCAAGUUUCAGUUGCAGACUUCUGCUCCAACGAUUUUUCUGAAAUUCCUCUGGCAUAUUUAUUAUAUCAAUUAAAGCCGAUACCAGAAAUUUCAGUAAAAAAUAUCAGCAAAAUUUUUUACUAGACGCGAUUUUCUUUGAACAGUAGUGUCCUUUUAAGCGCUAAUUUCUCAAGAAAUAUUUACCAUCAAUGAAAUCGGAAUAUUUCGUAUUAUUGCUGAAUGAUAUCUGUUGUUUUUUGUAAAGUUUCGCAGCCAUCGCGUUAAAAUCGAAAAAGUUGUGACGGAAAAUUUGUCACAGCUAAAUGCUCUUGUAUUAAUUACCGAGCCACCUUAAAAUGUGUAAUGCAUCCUUGAUUACGCCUGACCAUAUUUUUGUUUUGGCUGCCCAGUGUGGUGACUUUUAUAGCCAGAGGUACAUAUAUGUCCUUUCAAGGAAUUGAAAACUAUUUGCAGCUCUUGUAGGUAUCACUUGUUGAUGACGUCAAUAUCAUUAAGGAGUAUUCAAUGAAUAAUCACUUGCUGCAAGAUCAAUGGCCAAUAAAAAUCCCGCAAAACUUUUAUUUACUGAAGAUUCUACUCCUUUUUAACAAGGCCUUACCAGAACCUGGAAUAAUUAUUUGGCAGCAUGGCCAAGCGGUUAGAGCACUGGACUUGUAAUCCAGAGGCCCCAAGCUCAAGUCCUGCCCAAACCACUCACUAGAUUUGUUAUUGGUAGUCCUGAGUUCAAAUCGUCAGCCAAGCUUGUAUAAAAACAGCCAACUGGUUUGCCACCUACAAGUUACCAUGUAAUGGAUAAGGGGAGGGGAUAACUAAAUAUUUAAAUCUGAAUUUAAUUACCAUUGUCUUUCAUGUUGUAGUGUCUGUCUGGAAGCUCAGAUGGUACUGUGCGUCUUUGGUCAUUAGGCCAGCAAAGAUGUAUCACCACAUACAGAAUUCAUGGGGAAGGCGUGUGGACAUUGUGUGCAAAUGAAAACUUCACAGGAUUUUAUUCUAGCGGGCGGGACAAAAAUGUCAUGUGGACAGACUUGAAUAUGGAUGAUUCAUCCACUUUGUUGUUUGUUGAAGAUGCUCCUGUUUUAAAUGUAAGUCAGCUGAUUAAACUGGUAGCCAUACUAGUACAAAAAAGUAGAAUUUUUUGCCGAAUGACUGAUCUGUUAAUUGCAUUAACCUACCACCAUCAUUUCAAAUCAUGGUCACAGCUGUUAUAUCUCUGUUAGUCACACAUGAUUUCUGACCAGUGCAGUUGAUGGUUGUGGGACAGUUCUAUGAGAGUAAAACUAAAAAGCUCCUGAUUUAUUACAAGUGAUCCUAAACCAUCCCAGGUGAUCAGAAAUGUAACUCAUGAAACCCUGAAAUUCUUGCUUUGUUACCUUAACCAUUUGAUGAAAGGGUGAAAAAUCCAUAAAUCCAUAGCCUGUUUGUCAGGGUGGUUUCUUUGGAGUGCCAUGGACGAAAAUUAAUGAGAAGCAUUCUCUUCUCCUGCCCACACCCCCCUGAUUCCUUCUUGCACUUUUUCUGCUCUUUUUCUUCAAUAAUAUUAAUUUUAUGAGAACUAUUAUACAUCUGCUAUAAUAUGUUGUAAAAGAGCAUUGAGUUUACCUGAUAAAACAUCAUGUUGCACCACAUCAGGUGGUUGCAGGUAUCAGGGUAUAUCGAUCCUUUUUGAUAAUUACACAGUUUGCAUACCUGACAACCUCCGGAGAUCUAAAAUCUGGAGACUCUCUAUUUUGCACUACACCCCUCCUUCCACCCCCGAAUGUCAACAGCACCAACACCCCCCCGCCCCCCACGCCAACAAAUUGCUUUAGGACAUUUUAUGACGUCUUACAUGAAGUACAUGGAAUCAAAAUGCGCUUUCAUCAUUGUAAUGACGAACUAGUCUUUGUCAUUGACUAAACAUGUGCAAAAAAGUCCCAGAAACUGUACAAUGAAUACAAAAAGUUCGAAUUUUGUGAAACAAUGGACUAAAUUUCAAACUAUAGCACAGAAAUCCUCAAAAGUCCAUUUUAUCCCGGAGAUUUGGUGCUCUAACCGGGAGACCGGGAGAUGUCAUGAAAAACUUGGAGACUCCCGGGAAAACCGGGAGAGUUGGCAGGUAUGAGUUUGAGUCAAUUCAACACAAACCAAAAACUACAUGUGAGGUCAACCUUAUUUACUCAUUUAUUGUUUGUAUUUGUGUUUUUCUUAUUCGUUACAGCUGGAACUUUGUUCUGAGACGCAUUCUCUGUGGGUUGCUACCACAAAUUCUACAAUAAACAAUUGGGUAAGGUUAUUAUUGUGUAGCAAACCUUUCCAAAAUCUCAAGUUCUAAUUCAGUUAUUAAAAGUGUUAUUCAAGUUGAUAACUUUGAUUUCCGUCAAAUAUUCAGCCGACACUUAAAACAUUAUAGAGUUUUCCAGUCAUGCUUAUGGUAAACAGCAAAUGUCAGAUUCAAUUUGACUCUUUCUCAAGGAGGAAAAUAUAUAUACAUGUAGAUCAGUUAGCCAGAGCCAACAGCAAAGCUCCCAGUUAUGCUUUUACAAUUUGCUUCAGACAACGACUUUGGGCGGAACCACUGCAAAGAAAUCCACAAAUCUAUUCUUAACCCCCCUUUAAACUUUAGAGGAGGACCAAUCCAUAUGACAUUUGACGACUGGCUGUAAAACAGAAACUUGAGUGUGCGAUCAAUCAAAAGCUUAAUUCUGGUAAGCGGAAAACCGCAAAAAACAUGUGACCUUGAUGAUUGGCACUUGAGCCACAAGAAGAAGAGCUUAUGAGAUGGCAUCCGCGUGGAGUUACACUAAGAACCAAAAAUCGAGUUAUCGUGGUUAAUUUUAGUUAAAUUUUGAUCAAGUGAAAGGAAAUUUAGUUCGAGUUAGCGAGGAAUUCCAGUUAUCCGAGUUCGAGUUAACUGGGUAAAAAUCAGACUGAAAAGUGGGGUGAAAUCCAAGGGAAAUUGGACUAAGUGCUAGUUAGCGGAGAGUUCGAUUGGUGAGGUCGAGUUUGAGUUAUCGGCUUUUACCGUAUGUGUAUGAGAAGACGAAAAUGAUCGGCUAAAAUAAAACACAGUCAACCCUCUAUGUGCAGCCAUCUCUUGUAAGCAGACACCGUUGCAAAGUAAAAAAACAUUUCCAAGUCAAAUCACAUGGUGAGAGGCUCUUGUGAGUGACUGCAACCUCUUCUUGGAGGUUAUGGUUGGACAUUGUUCUUUUUUUAACCUCCAAUAAGUGACCCAUGACUUGGCUUGUGUUUUGUAGUCUUCUAUCAGUGCAAACGAUGCGACAUUGUACAAGGGUCUGUAUCCAUUUCAUUCUUGUAACUUUUUGUUAGAAUUAGAUGAAGUUGAUGUCAGUUGUAUUUUCUGUUGACAGCCUAUUAAUUACAUCAAUGAUCAAGAAAAUAUGGAUGUUAAUGAAUCGUAUACAGAUCCUCAACCAACCUGUUCAAUGCCCAGAAAAACAUUGCCAGGUAGGACCUACAUAUUAGGAAAUCCAGCGAGACCACCUGCUACCUUUCUUCUUCACGCCAGUUACAAUGUUGUUUCCACUUUUCUCCUUCAGUGGUUCCUCCCCUGAACUACUCUGCUUUGCUUAAUCCCAAAAUCGACACCCUGCCCGAGGUGUCUCUUGUUUACAGAGUUCAUCUUCAAGACCUUUGUGGUCUUUUCUUCUAUGUAGGGUUGCCAUUAAGGCCGGCCAGGGGCCCGUUUGUCGAAAGGCCCGGUAACUUUCGAAUCCGAAAGCAAGUUUUAAAAUCAAAACAUUUUGAAUGGUAGCACAGUUUCUGGCUCACAAACCAGUCAAUUCAGCUUCGUUAACUGAUAGUUUUAUUGUAUCAUUUUCAAAAUUAUUGAAGCUUUGGUCUUGAAUGCAAACUUAUUCUUCACAGGAAACUCAAAACAACUUUCCCGGUCCCGAAAAGUUACCGGGACUUUCGAGAAACGAGCCCCAGGGCACGGGAAUUUCCCCUGCCUCCUAUGAACACCACCCCGGCGGCUACUGGCGUCAUUUGGCGGGAAAACAUGAUAGCCGUCGUCAUUCUGCUACAAGUUUAGCGAGAAUUUCGUGGUGACGGAAACAAGUUAUCAACGGCAGUAGCAGUUUCAUCAUAGUGCGAUAUUGAGAGUGUUUAACCACGCUCAAUAGAACUGAGAAACCGCGCUAACUUUUCUGGUGAAAAAAGCACAGGACAAUGAAGCUUUCCGGGCCUUACAUUUUUAAGAAUACUGGGGAAAAAAAAUUAAGAUCUCGUCAUUGUAGUCGUCCUCGUCCUCGCAUCUAAAGGUCUGUAUUUAUGAGGCCUGUCUGCAGCAUCUGUUCAGAGCGUCUUAAUAGCAGCGGCUGGCCAUUGAGUUUACAUCCCGUCUCCUUGCUUAAAUCAGUAUAAGAUUCUGGGGAAACUGCCCACCCACCCCUCCCUCAACUCAAUAAAUUAUUUUGUCCUGAGUAAGACGUUAGCGUUAACGUUGGGUCAGGGGAGGGGAGAGUGGGCAGAUUCCAAGAAUCUUUUUUAGGCUCAGUCGUAGUCUUGGCAUACGUUACUGACAGAAGUGAUGAUCGCGCGAGAAUCACGUCUCUGUGUCAUGCUGAAUAUUAAAUGUUCACGACACCCUACAGGUCACCCAAUCUGGCCUACUUUGUAGCGUCAAAUUAAUGAAAUGUUCUUUCAUUUGUAUACAGGGGCACCUAGCAUAAGAAAAUUCCAUGUUUUGAGAAAUAGAAGACAUGUUAUAACCAAGGACUCCGAAGAUAGAGUCACUGUGUGGGAUGUUUUAAAAGUAAGAGUUUUUACCCAGUUUUUGUUUUCCCUUUUUCUUCCUUUCUUUUUUGUGGAAAAAAGUUUGGUAUAGUCUGAUCAUCUUUUGAAGAAACAUUACUAGUGUUUAUGUGAAAUUGCUGUUUAUGAAAGAAACGAAACAAAACAAAAGCAAAGAAGCGACUACAACCAAAAUAGAUGAGUGAAUGUGAAAAGCAAGUAGAAAAAGUUUUAGUCAACUUUACACUGUUUCUGUAAGUUUUGAGAUUUUGUAAUUGAGGGAAAACUGCUCCCCUCGUUGAAAACUGAACAAAAAAGUUGAUAUCUUUUGUUUGCAUUCAAAGGUUUUCUCGACUGAUUCGCUGAGGAAUCCAAGUUUAUAACGUUGGCGUUGAGUCAAAUCCCGUUAAUACUUACACUGAGGGGGCCAUAGAAAGUGUCCGUAUUAAGCGGGUUGAAUUCGGAGAAAAUGUAAGGACUUUAUUUCCCUAACGACAAAGCAAACUGUCCAUAACAAUGAGGUGUCCUUGUUAACUGGGGUGUCCGUUAAGGGGUUUGACCACAGGAGUCUUAGCUCAGUUGAUAGAGGGCCAGCCUUGAGAGCAGAAGGUCACAGGUUUGAUUCCCGGGGGCAGGCAAAAACUCAGGGUCUUAGAAAAACUAAGAAAUGAAAGGUGUCGUCUUCGCCUGCAAACGGUUGGAUCUCGUGUGGCUCGGAUGACCACGUGGAAAUAACUGCCCAGUCUUCAGUAGCAGAAAACACUGCCCUAAAUCAGUACUGUUAUGCUAAAUGCAUUGACAUUGCUUUUUUUUAUGCAUAAUGUUUGAUUAACGGAUAAGGGCAGACCUAGGUGUUUUAUAUAAUGCCGGCCGGACUUACACCUACUUUUUUAGUUUUUCGUCAGCUAUUGUGAACAUAUCCGGUAAACACUUUAUUGAAUAUUUAUAGGCACGUAAAGCAGAAGAACUGGGCUUAGUGGAUUAUGAUGAAGCUAUCAAGAAAAGAAAUGAGACUGUUUAUGUGCCGAAUUGGUUUUCUGUGGACAUCAAAACUGGGGUAAGUGGAAACCUCGGGAACGGUUUCAUACUGCUCAUGUUUCAUACUGCUCAUGCCGUUAAUUUUCUUGUAGAUGCUCACAAUAAACUUAGACGAAAAUGACUGUUUUGCCGCGUGGAUUUCAGUCACAGAUGUGCCGGGGUUAGAACCUAGAGUUGUAGAUGGAAAAGGUGGGUAGUAUUUCAUUAAUUGACGUGUGCUGUUUUGGUUCUGUUUGCUAAAGGAAAAGAAAAUCUUCUUUGAUAAUUGUUGCAAGUUAAAGUGGAUUAAUUACCUGGUAACGAAAAAGAAGAAACUCAUCCUUCUAUCCUCUAGUUUUGGCGGAUGGUAUGGAAUAUUUUGUUUCAUUUGUUUCAGUAGGAAUUGUUUUUUAAUUCGUGUUUUGUUCUUCUGUUUUAGCCAUUGCCUCUGACAUCAAACACGGUGAGUAAAAAUUGCUAGUUAUUUGGGCGUGGCCCAAAUAGAGUAAUGGAAACGGCUUGUUUUGACGCAAAUGUGCAAUAGGCACGCAAUACGUGC